AUGAGUCUAUUAAGUUGGAACUGUAGAGGGCUUGGGAACUCUCAUAUAGUUAAUGCCUUGAAAGAGGUGAUUAGGAUAGAGAAGCCCAAAAUUUUUUUCUUGAUGGAGACAAAGUCAAAUAGAGAUUGGAUGGAGAAAAUUCGAGAUAGAUGUGGUUUCAAACAUGGUCUGAUUGUCCCUAGUAUGGGCAAUAGUGGGGGAUUAGCUUUGUUUUGGAAGGAUGAAAUUCAAGUUAAUGUCAUUAAAUAUUCAAUGUGCAAUAUUGAUGCUGAAGUUAAUAGUGGAGAUGGAUAUGGAUGGUCGCAUCUUACUGGGUUUUAUGGUAAUCCUGACACUUCUCGAAGAACUGAAUCAUGGAACCUUCUAAAAUAUCUCAGUGGUCUUUCUCAAUUUCCUUGGUUGGUUAUUGGUGAUUUUAAUGAGAUCGUUGGAUUGUCUGAGAAGGAGGGUGGUGCAGAUAGACCUACUCAACAGAUGCAGAAUUUUAUUGACACUUUGAAUUGCUAUGGUCUACAUGACUUAGGUUUUACUGGCCCAAAAUUCACUUGGCUUUAUCAAAAAGUGGAUGGUUCACAAAUUAGAGAAAGAUUGGACAGAGUUGUAGCUACUGUUGAGUGGACAAUAAAAUUCCCUCAAGCAAAACUCUUUCAUAAAUCAUCUUCUUCUUCAGAUCAUAACCCUUUGGUUUUGCAAUUGGUGAAGGAAAAAAUCAUUCCUAAGCAUCCAAAAAUAUUUUGGUUUGAAGCAAUGUGGUUAAAAGACUCUAGUUGUGAGGAGGUGGUCACUUCUGCAUGGGACGAAGGCUUAUUCAUGGGAUCAUAA